UUCAUUCAGAAAUCAGAAGUGCCUCCCGGUCUUUCGCACUCUCACGAUUCAGACAAAGCACCAUUCUCCAUCCAUGGGAGCUCGUCAGAGAAACUUCUUCUUUCCCGUCGGGAGAGUAAAGUAACAAUCCCCUUAAUCACCUCAACACAUGUAAAACCCUAGCUCGACGGAAUGCUAUUUUAAACACAGAAGGUCCACACAGCAAGUGACCGAAGGCACUGGUUCGAAGUAACAAGAAGAUAUAAAAUCGUGUAAUUCGCUAUGCUGCGCGUCUUUUCGUUUGUUUAAGUUAGAGCUCGAACGCUUGACCUACGUCAAAGAUGGAGAUCGGUCUGUGCUCUUUUCUUGUUCUCCUUGCCAGCUUUUUCUGUGCGGAAUCGAAGUACAUCGCUUAUAACACUUCGCAACGGGUCGUCCCUGGGAAAUUGAAUGUCCAUUUGGUUCCUCACUCGCACGAUGAUGUUGGAUGGUUGAAGACGGUUGAUCAGUACUACGUUGGUGCCAAUAAUUCAAUUCGGGGAGCGUGUGUUCAGAACAUCUUGGAUUCUGUGGUUUCGGCAUUGUUGGCUGAUAAGAACCGGAAGUUUAUCUAUGUUGAGCAGGCUUUCUUCCAGCGAUGGUGGAGACAGCAGAGCGAGGCUGUUCAGAGUAUUGUGAGACAGCUUGUCAACGCGGGUCAACUAGAAUUCAUAAAUGGUGGCAUGUGCAUGCACGAUGAGGCAACACCCCAUUACAUUGACAUGAUUGAUCAGACAACUCUUGGGCACCGAUUUAUCAAACAGGAGUUUGAUCAAAUUCCAAGAGUUGGUUGGCAGAUUGAUCCUUUUGGACAUUCUGCAGUACAAGCUUACUUGCUUGGAGCAGAGUUAGGGUUCGACUCUCUUUUCUUUGCUCGGAUUGAUUACCAAGACAGAGCAAAGCGGAAAGAUGAGAAGAAUCUUGAGGUUGUAUGGCGGGGUUCCAAGUCUCUUGGUUCAUCUUCACAGAUUUUCACUGGGAUAUUCCCAAAGCAUUAUGAUACUCCCAUUGGUUUCGCAUUUGAAUUUAACGAUGACUCUCCUCCCGUUCAGGAUGACGUUCUUUUGUUUGAUUACAAUGUUCAAGAGCGAGUUGAUGACUUUGUAAAUGCAGCCAUACAACAGGCUAAUAUGACAAGGACAAAUCAUAUAAUGUGGACCAUGGGAACAGACUUUCGGUAUCAAUAUGCAAACACAUGGUUUAAGCAGAUGGACAAACUUAUUCAUUAUGUCAACAAGGAUGGACGUGUUAAUGCCUUGUAUUCAACCCCAUCCAUUUACACUGAUGCAAAACAUGAAGCAAAUGAAUCCUGGCCUAUUAAGAUUGAUGAUUUUUUCCCGUAUGCAGACCGUCCGAAUGCAUAUUGGACAGGAUACUUCACAAGCAGGCCAGCCUUCAAACGUUAUGUUAGAAUGAUGAGUGGUUAUUAUUUGGCAGCAAGGCAAUUGGAAUUCUUUAAAGGAAGGAGUAGUUCAGGGUCCCAUACAAAUACAUUGGCUGAUGCUUUGGCAAUUGCUCAGCAUCAUGAUGCAGUUAGUGGUACACAAAGGCAGCAUGUAGCUGAUGAUUAUGCACAACGACUGUCAAUUGGCUACAUAGAGGCCGAGGAGUUGGUUGCAUCCUCCCUUGCCUGCUUGGCUGAACCAUCCUCGAGUACUGGAUGUCAGAAUCCAACAACUAAGUUUCAACAGUGCCCUCUUCUGAAUAUAAGUUACUGCCCUCCAUCAGAAAUUGAUUUGUCUCAAGGAAGAAGCUUGGUUGUUGUUGUCUACAAUCCUCUUGGGUGGAAGAGAGAGGAUAUAGUUCGAAUUCCGGUCAGCAGUGAAGCAGUUACUGUUCGGGACUCUAGUGGAAGAGAAACUGAAUCACAGCUUCUACCUCUAGCCAAUGCCUCUGCCAGCAUAAGAAGCUACUAUGUUAAGGCAUACCUGGGAAAAUCUCCCGGUAGCGCACCUAAGAAUUCGCUGGUAUUUCUGGCAUCUGUCCCACCUCUUGGUUUCAGCACUUACUUUGUCUCAGAUGCAAAAAAGACAGGAGCUAGUUCAACCAGAUCGACAGUAUACACAACGCAAGGAAAUGAAGAUGGCACCAUAGAAGUUGGGCAAGGAAAUUUAAGGCUUAUAUACUCUCUAAAGGAAGGCAAACUUAUCCAAUAUGUUAAUACUAGAAGCCUGGUCAAAACAUCUAUAGAACAGUCAUACAUUUUUUAUUCAGGAUAUGGUGGAAGUGAUAAAGAUCCUCAGGCCUCUGGUGCAUAUAUCUUUCGACCAAAUGGCACAUUCUCAUCAGCGUCUGAAGGACAGGCUCCUUUGACUAUCUUGCGGGGACCAAUUGUGGAUGAAGUUCAUCAACAGAUCAAUCCUUGGAUAUAUCAGACCACCAGAGUCUACAAGGAAAGGGAUCAUGCUGAAGUCGAAUUCAUUGUUGGACCAAUACCUGUCGAUGAUGGAAUUGGGAAAGAGAUUGCAACUCAAAUCACAACAACCAUGAAUUCAAAUAAAACAUUUUAUACAGAUUCUAAUGGACGUGACUUUAUUAAAAGGAUUCAUGAUUAUAGGACAGACUGGGAACUUCAAGUGGAUCAACCUGUUGCUGGAAAUUAUUACCCAAUUAAUCUUGGAAUUUAUAUAGAAGAUAACCAGACAGAACUAUCAGUUUUGGUAGACCGAUCUGUGGGAGGAUCCAGCAUAGUUGAUGGACAAAUAGAACUGAUGCUCCAUAGGAGGUUAAUUCAUGAUGAUUCUCGAGGUGUUGGAGAGGUAUUAGAUGAAAAAGUGUGUGUACUAAAUGAAUGCACAGGAUUAACGAUUCAAGGAAGAUUUUAUCUCAGAAUUGACCCUCUAGGAGAAGGUUCUAAGUGGCGGCGUUCAGUUGGCCAAGAGAUAUACUCUCCAUUCCUUCUAGCCUUUACAGAACAGGAUGCAGGUAACUGGACAAGUUCUCAUGUAUCAACUUUUUCUGCAAUGGAUCCUUCCUACAGUUUACCUGAUAAUGUUGCAAUAAUUACUCUUCAAGAGCUUGAAGAUGGAAAUGUUCUCCUUCGGUUGGCCCACCUAUAUGAGAUUGGAGAGGACAAGGAUCUUUCAGUAAUGGCAAGGGUGGAACUGAAAAAGUUGUUUGCAGACAAGAAGAUCAGCAAAAUAACAGAGAUGAGCUUAUCUUCUAACCAAGAAAGAGCUGAGAUGGAAAAGAAGAAGUUAGUUUGGAAAGUAGAUGCUCCCCAGGAAGAAGCAAAGGUGGUGAGGGGAGGACCCGUUGAUCCUGUGAGGUUGGUGGUGGAGCUGGGCCCCAUGGAAAUCCGCACCUUCAUUAUCAAUUUCAAAUACAUAUUCUUGGUCAAUACGGUUGAUGGGUAAAAGGCUUCUUUACCUAACCCAGAAGCUUGUGUAUUCAAAACUUCUCUAUUUGCAAGUGAAAUCCUCUUCUGUAUAGUGGCUGUAGUAACUUUCUGCAUUAUGAUGAAUUGGCUAUCAAAUGAUGGUAAGUUAAUGCCUAAAUAAAACAGCCCACACUAAUCAUAUAGGGGUACAAGAAUUACUGUUAUUUCCUUUUCUGGUACACUUGUUUUAGCAUGUAGUGUAAAUAGAUACACCCUUCCUGGUUCCUACUGCAGUUAUUUCUUUUAGGCA